CCCCCCGGCUGAUUUACCCCCCCCCCCGACAGGAGGGGAGGGAGACAAACACCCCUCGCCUUGUAAAGAGAUAAUUUUUUGGCAGGUGUUAUUAUUUUUUUUUUUUUUGCAUGCUCUGGAUUUGGCUCUUUAAUCCGGCCGGCGACAGCUCGCGCGCGCACACACACACACGCACUGCCCGGAGUGGUGGUGGCUGCAGCUCCCAUCCCUCCCUUCUCCUCCUUCCUCCCCCUGCCGCUGCUGCUUCUCCUGCUCUUGCUCCGGAUCGCUCUUCCUCCGAGCCGUAUGUUUUGUACCAGCACCGCAGAUGAUGUCCCUGCACUGACGUUGCCCUGAAGACUCCUGCAGCAGAGUUGGAAGGAUUCCCCUGUUGAUUAUAAUUAUUUCAGUUUUUGGUGGUUGGUUGGUUAGUUGCCGCGGCGAGUGGGGUUUGGUUUUUUGGUUUGGUUCUGGUUUUUUUAACACCAUGUCUAAUUCUGGCGCCCCUCAAGACGCUGGUAACAAGCCCAACAUGUUGGACAGAAAUAACCAAGAGGACUCGCAACCCCCCAUCAACUCCGAGAGGAGGAACAAAAGUGGGAUCAUAAGUGAACCUUUGAACAAAAGUCUUAAGAAAUCGCGUCCGCUCUCCCACUACUCCACCUUCAGCAGCAGCAGCUUGGUAAGCGAACAUUCAGAGAAAGGAACCUCCUUAGCUAAUGGCAAUGAAGCAACAACUGUGGAUAAAAGUCACUCUACCUCAAAGCACAAAAACAUCUCUAGUAUGCUGAGCAAAUCAGACAGGGCGUCAGAAAUCUCAUCAGAAGGACAGAUCAGCCUACAACAGUUUGCUCAGUCUACAGAUAUGCUCAAAAGAGUGGUACAGGAGCACAUUCCUUUACCAAAUGACCACGGGACUGGUAUCUCUGAUAUGGAAGCGGUCUCAGCUGCAGAGACAAUGAACAGCCCAUCUGAUUUUCCUUACCUGGGGGCUUUUCCCAUAAACCCAGGCCUUUUCAUUAUGACCCCUGCUGGCGUGUUUCUGGCAGAGAGUGCGCUCCAUAUGGCUGGCUUGGCAGAGUACCCGAUGCAGAAUGAAUUGGCAUCUGCCAUCAAUUCUGGGAAAAAGAAACGGAAAAGAUGUGGCAUGUGCCCUCCGUGCCGAAGACGGAUAAACUGCGAGCAGUGCAGCAGUUGUAGGAAUCGCAAAACUGGCCACCAGAUUUGCAAAUUCCGAAAAUGUGAGGAACUCAAAAAGAAGCCGUCUGCAGCGCUGGAGAUUUUCCUCUUUUGUGUGGACUUUUCUUUCUCUUUUUUCCCCCCACCAAAGGCUGCAACUGCUAAGAGGCGUAAGUCUCCCCCGCAGGACAAGUCCAGCUGUAUAGUAACAGAACCCCAAAGACACUGAAAUAAGGUGAUGCUUCCUACAGGAGCUGCAUUCAGAUGGUUUCAGUAGGAAUGAGAAUUCCAAAGCUCUGUCAUCCAAGUGCAAUGUCACUGCUUGCUUGUGUUGUCUCAGGCAAGGAAUUUUUUGGCUGAAAUGAAUGGAUGCACCUGUGUCUCUUUAGAACCAAAAAUAUUUUCUCGCAGAUUUCAUUCCUGUUUUUAUAUAUAUAUUUUUUUUGCGUUUGUUUUAACAUCUUCAAGUCCUAGUAAAACAUUUAACUGCUUUUCAAAUAAUAAUAAUAAAAAAAUGGAUCUGUAAAGUACCAAGACUUAAUAGACAGAGUAUGGACAAUCAGUUUCUUUCUGUGUUUUGGUGUUGAUGUUGUUUAUGUGUGGAAGAUGCAGUUCUUGUGUAGAGAAUGUAAAUUUACAGUAACCUUUUAAAAUCUAGUUACUAAUAAGCACUACUGUAAUUUAGCACAGUUGUUUAAUUACACCCUCAUUUAUAACUUUUUAUUUGAUUAUUUCCCAUCAUAAAAUAGAGUGGAUAGUUUCUAGAAUGCCUCAACUUCAUGUUUAUAAAUGAGAAUAUGUUUAAAACGAUGUAGUAUCCCUUUUCCUAACCAUUCACAUAUGUAAGUUUAACCAGCAAGAAGCUUGGUAUUAAAGAUGAAAGAAAAAUUGCUGCAAAAUGGGCAGUCUUGGAAAAAAAAUCAUUGUUAGUUUAUUAAUAUAGAACAAGAAAUACUGCAUACAGGGAAAACAAGAUCCUAAUUGCAAUGGUUUACUUAUAGAAAUCAUUUUUAUAAACUUACUGAAGUUAAAAGAAAAAUAAAAAAAAAUUGCAGGACCUGUGCUGAAGCAGUUCUGAAAGCUAAUAUUUCUCUUAUGUUCAAAUCCCCGUUUCUCCAGCUCUCUCUACAUCAGUAAAUUGAAAUGCUGUUUGUAAUGUUUUAGCGAUCCAGGCUGUUUUGUGAAUAAAAUGAAUGCAUGUUUUGUGUCAUGAUUUACAUCUCGUUUUUUUCUGUCCAUUUCUGUUGCACGCAGUUGUGAAAAAAAAAACAUAAAAAAAUGUCCCUUUUGAAUAUGUCACUUCUUGUGUCAUGGCAUUUUCCUAAGUUUGCCUUUCUUGGCAUUCAGGGUUUGGGGUGUAUUUUUUAGUUUUUUUGUUUUGCUUUUGUUUUUUAUCAGCAGAUUAAAAAAUAAAUAAGUGAAUUGUAAAUGUUUGCCAGUGCAAAUGGAGCAAUCAAUCAUUUUUUCCCUAAGGUUGCAUAUGUUACAUUUUUAACUGGUUAGCUGAAUAGCACAUGUUCUGCAAAAUACAUACUGUGUUAAAUCUGGGUUUGUUACAAUAUACUUAGGAGUCUAAACUAAACUGUGCUAGGCUUGAUCACUAGAAUUUUCAUUACAGGUAGCAUGUGGACAACCAAACUACAGACUCCUUGGAAACUGAUGUAGGGUUGUUGGUAGUGGUGAGUUUGUUGGGGAAUUGACAACUUUUACCAAGCGAUGGAAUCGGCACUGCAGUCCCUUGUGUAAAUUGAGGCCAAAUCUGAUUGGAAGUGAUGGGUGUUAUUUUCAGAAGCAUUCAGUGUUUGCCUAGAAUUCGCCUCCCACUAGGUAACCAUUGGCCACAAUGGGAGUAGAGAUGCUUCAACACUGAGUGUGUUGACAGCCCCAUCUUCAUGGACAUAUUGUAACAUGUGAAUGGUGCAUUUCUGAAAGAGGAAUCAAAUGAAAUAAAUGGUGUCCAACCCAUGAGCUUUCUCAUUUUUGCCUUUGGCCCUUUCCCACCCUGCUUGGGUCCAAAGCCGCACGAGGAGCAGGACUGUGACACUGUUUCUUGGGUCCCUUAUCCCAGAUCUGCAGAUUUGGCAAUGUAUGCUGGGGACCUGAUCCAGCUCCCAGUGAAGUCAAUGGGAAGGCGGUCCUUGACUCCACUGGGAGUGAGAUCUGGCCAUAGCAGUAUUGCG